AUGGUCGCCUCUUCUUUGGCUGCGAGUCCCGCUUCUGCUUGGCGGAAGGAGGCCAUGAAAAGGUGCAUUGGGAUCGAAUCCGAUGCAGUCCUGCAGCGGUGCAUAUCCUAUGCGGAGUCUCGGCAUAUGGGCAUCGACACGUUUUGCAAUAAGUUUGAAGCCUGGGCGUUGUCCCAUUUGCACAUAGAGUCUUCCAUGAUGCUCAAUUCAAAGUCCGUUGAUGACUUUUUAUCUUUUGAGACGAACCAGCUUAAAGAAAACGUUGCGUCCAACACGUUGGGUGCUCCAAAUCUUUUGAGCGCGUCCUCAAAAAUCGCGUCUCCUCUUUCUGUAAGGAGCAAAGGCAUGGUUGUAAAUUAUCCGGUCAAUGAAAUCAAAAGGACUUCCAGCUUGACCGACGUGCUUGUUUGGCCUGCCAAUAGCGACCUUAACAAGAUCCAUGCGAACAUUAAUGAAAACAUGGAGGCGCCCGAAAUCUCCUUGUUGUUUGACACGGACCUGCCCGGGCGAUACAUGAGAAUCGUCUGGCCUCGAGUGGUGAAAUGGAUAAACAGAAGAAUUGAAGAGUUUUCAAACUAUUUCACGCUGGCCGAAGGGCAUGAGUGGAGCCAUCCCGGAAUUCCGAGCCAUGAGCCGGUUUUUUGCUAUGGAAGGCUUGUCUCGGACUCUGAUUCUUCGAAAUGGAACGAAAAGUCCAUUCAAUUGGAGUGUUCCAGAGAACUAGGUUCCGGGUGCAGGGUCCAUUUAGAUUUGAUGGAUCUCCCUGGGUUUUCCUUCAUCCCGGGAGAGGGCAUUUCCCUGAUUGACGGGUUUUAUCCCACCGAGUUGCUGCCUUUAAAGCCUUUGGACAAGCCCGUGUCUACUGUGGGCGAUCAUUCAGACAUGCACUUCAAGGCUUCAAAUAUCUUUUGUGCUGCUGGUCCGUUUGCCUUGGUGAAAAAAUCUGACGAUGGGUCCUACACCUUGGACUAUGCCCCAUUGGAGACCUUGUUUGGGCAUAUCCGAAAUUCAAAGCAUGCGUCGUCCUUGGUGCUGCUAUUGCUUGGGCCAUUUGUCGACUCGGACAGUGUCAUUUCAAUGGCCCGGAAUGUGAUUUCAUCGCCGUUCCAUUCGUUCGAACAGCUGUUUAAAGAAGAGAUUUCAAUCCGAAUUGGGGGCCUGCUGUCAUCCAAAAAAAAGAUCAAAGUGAUCCUUAUUCCGAGCCAAAAUGAUGUCAUUCACGACUAUGUGUUUCCCCAGGCCGCCCUUUCCAGAGAUGUGCUCGCCAUCCCAAAUGUACUGCUUCACAAUUUACCGUUAGGAUACGUGUGUAGCUCAGGGUAUGGCAAGGAGGCCAUGCAAUCUACACUUCUGUCUUGGAACAUAGCUCCAGAUCUCCUAAUAAUACCUUCCGCGCUUAGACAUUUUGUAAAAACAGUUGAUGAUGUUCUUUGUAUCAAUCCGGGAACGCUUGUUUCAAAAGGCGGGCAUAGUACGGGCUCAUUUUGCGAAAUUUUCGUACAGAAGCUAGGCUUUCCGCUUGUCGACUCCGACAUGAUCCCACAUUUUGCAGAUAAGAGAAGCGUCGUGGUUAUUAAAUCGUUAAACUAG